AUGCCGAGCAGCGAGAAGCGCUCCGUAUCCGGGGCCUUCCGCGGGUUUCGCCGGCACAGCGACAAGGGACCCCCGGCGACAUCACCCCCCAUGCCGACGGUGGCAGCCACCCCGGCAACCCCCGACCUCAGCAACUCCCUAGAUACCAUCUGCUUUCCCAAAGUAUACGAGGAAGCAUGGGGCGGGCUAGAGGUCAACCGAACCGAGUUGGAGCGGGCGCGCAUCUUCCUUCUGCGCAUGGCCGUCAUGGUCAUCGACGGGCAGGCCAAGGCGGCCGAGUUGCGCGCCAUCGUGGGCGACGAGACCAACCGCACCGUCCCCGGGAUCGCGUGGGCCAUCCAGAUGCGCAUCUACGGCAACCGCCACGCCGACUUCGCCGCCACCCCGCUGCUGCAGGCAGUCCGCUUCAUGCUGAUCAAGGCCCGCGUCCCCCAGAGCGGCUUCACCGACCGGUCCCGGGCCGUGCUCGACUUCUUCUUCGACCCAACCCUACACCGCGACGUCGAGCCCGCCCCACCGGGCGAGAUGGUCCGCUACCCGUACCCGUCCGGCCGCCUCCGCGUGUGCAUCGUCGGCGGCGGGCCCACCGGCCUGGCCUCGGCCAUCUCGCUCGCCGAAAAGGGCCAGGGCAAGGUCGAAGUCCACGUCUGGGAGCGCCGCUGGGUCGUCACCGAGACGGGCACCGUCGACUACCCGCCCACCGCGCGCCGCCGCGACCAGGUCGUCACCCUGCAGGACUCCGUCACCACCCUGCUCAGCGCCCGCUCCUUCGAGGCCCUGUUCGAGGGCCACCCGGAGCGCGUGUGGCCCGGCUCGGCCAACAUCCAGAUCCGCAAGGUCGAGGACCGCCUGCUGAGCCGCUGCCAGACCGACGAGUUCCACGGCCUCAUUCACCUGCACGCCGAGGGCGUCACCAGGGAGGAGCUGGCCGCCGGCAAGUGCGGCGACUUCCAUGUGCUGCUCGGCACCGAUGGCGCCGCGUCGUGGGUGCGCAGGAACUACUUCCGCGGCUAUGAAAAGGAGCGCGGGAAGAGCUACGCGCUCGGCCUAGCGUUUGACCGUGGUUCCAAGGGCGGCCUGCCCUGGACACAGCCGCUCAACAUGUUCUUGACUCUCGGUCAGACGCGCUACCUGCUGAAUGCCAGCGACUUUGACGGGAAGGGCUACCUCAACAUGCAGCUGACCGAGGAGGAGUGGGAUAAGAUGGUCGGAGUCGAUGGGAAGCCUAUCCACUUUGGCAGCCCGGCUUGUUUCCGUCGCCCCGAUGGUAGUAUCCCGCCAGGGUUCGAACCCGGUCGCGUCUUUGCGCCAUCCGAGGAUCGGAAUUCGCCCCUCUGGAAGUCCAUCGAGGACGGGCUGAAGCUGUUUGGUUUCAAGGAAGAGGAGGUUAUCAACUUGGUACGCAUCCCCAUCGUGGUCCAGGCAGUGCGGGAGGGUGUGCAGCCCCUGCCCCUCGAGGACUCUCGCUUUGUUGCUCGCCCGCACGCUCUUGUGGCUGUGGCCGGUGACGCCGCCAUGACUGUGCACUUUUGGCCCGGCCGUGGCCUGAACAGCGGUAUCAAGGCCGGUCUUGCCCUGGGUGACGAGAUCUGCCACGCCCUCAAGAGUGGCAAGUUUGCGGGUCUCCAGAUCAGCGCUAUGAAGGAGUACAACGACUUCAUCAUGAAGUUGCAGGGCCGUGAGCACGACAAGCGCAGCAUCCCAAUCUUGAACCAGUCCGGGUCACCCGAGAUGCUGGGUUGGCUGUUGAAGAAGGCACAAGCUGUGCCAGACGAAGUUGCUAUCGAAUGGUUGGUGGGUGCAAUGACACAGAUUUGCGACCGUCUAGAGCUCCGUGACGAUUGGUAUUUCCCGCACGAAUCCAACAUCGAGGCCCAGAUCCGUAUCAUCCUGCGCCAACUCAAUAGCCUAACUCUGCGAGAAAUGGCCGUUAGCUUCCCGUGGCCUACCCGCGAGAUGGCCGGCGCCGAGGUCUUGCCCAUCCGCUCCAUGCGCCCCGAAGAGAAGCGCAAGUGGCUCCAGAACCUUUGGAGCCUGGUGAGAGAUGAGAAGAGCAAAGACUCAGCCCGUGGCCGGGGGCGAUCGACAUCCGCCUCCAACGCGAGAUUCGAGGCACCCCGGUUCCGGUCCAAGUCGCCUCUCGCCCCCCGCAGCGAGAGCCCCAGGCCAGAGACGCCACCACCGGCUUUUGCUGGCCCCGUCCCCCAGGUGCCCCCCAUCGCACCCGUCACUCAAAUGGAGACCCUCAGCCUCAACGGGGUUGCAAGGAACCGAUCUCUGUCCCCGUCUCCGGGCUCGCUCCGGCGGAGCAACGCGACCAACGCGACCAGGCGCUCGUCUCAGUCCGGACUGACUCCGGGCGCGGCCGCCAUUCCUCCCCAUGUUGUUGGACCCGAGCGCCCCCGACGGUUUAGCCACUCGCGCACGCUAACUGUGCCGACGGCUGGGGCGGACGGGAGCCUAAACUACUCGUAUUUGAGUGAUGGCGAGGAUUACAUGAGCAGCGGCGAUGAGAGGAACCCACGGUCCAUUCCGUCGACGCCGGGCUCCUCACCGCCGAGCAGGGGGGAUGGUGGCUUGACGAGGUUGCUGAGUGUUAGGAAGCCGAAUGACUCGUUCUUGGCUGAUGCUAUGUCGUUGGCGCUGUUCCGUGUCAACGAGGAUUGA